GACGUGCGCAUGAAAUAAUUUAAGGACUGAAAUAGUUGAUGCGCUCUCGUUUAAAACGUUUUCUGUAUAGACAAGAAUGUUUUGGCUAAUUUUACUAUCUCUUUUUAUUUGCAUUUCUCUGCAAAGCAAUGCGAACCCAGAGAAACACUCCCUCCACUACAUGUAUACAGUCCUGACCAAAGCAGGUCCGUUUCCAGUGUUCAGUGCUGUGGGUGAGUCUGAUCACAUACAGAUCUCUCACUACAGCAUUGAAGAACGAGUCUGGAUGAGAGAGAAUCUGACUGUAGACGACUGGGACAAAGCUCCUGAAGGGCCGCCUGAAACUAAAGAUGGGUAUCUAGAUCUGAUCAGGAUUCUGUCAAACUGCACUGAGUCUUCUGAGUUGCAUGUACUCCAGAGAAUAAGUGGCUGUGAGCUGGAGAAACUCCCUGAUGGAGCAGUGAAGAGUCUGAAGGCCUUUGAUGAGUUUGCAUACGAUGGAAAGGAUUUUAUUAGCUGUAAGUAUGACCUUCUUCCUUGGAUGGAUAAAGUCAUAGAAACCGAAAUGGAUCAUCAAACUGGACGAAACCCAUUCCUCAAGGAUUUCCUCAUAAACUGCACUAAGUGGAUCUCCACGUUUAACAACACAUAUAAGAAUUCACCAGAUGUUCAUGUCUUUGCUAGAAAAGCUCCUGAUGAUCACAGUAAGCUGGUUCUGAUCUGUCUGGCCACUGGU